CAUCAAAGAUGAUCUCUAGACAACUCAUAUUCAAAAGGUCAUUCACCUCUACAUUUCUAAGGAGAAAUGCCUUUUCACCACCAGACAAUGUGCCUGGCACAGAGAUGAACGAAGCGUGGUUAGAACAACUAGGAAACUCAACAGAUGAAGAAGCUAAACAAUCAUCAUUAGAAGAAUUACCGUUUCUUCGACGCAAAACUGCAGAUUUUGACCCUGAAGUUGUGGGAGAUCAUCAUCGUACUAAAUUCAGAUAUGACGGAUCUGAUGAAUAUGGGUAUAUGAAUAUAAAAAUCCCGGUAUCCAGUUAUAUUACAAGAUCUUCACCUUUUUCAAAUUUAAGUGCAAAAUCAAGACCAAAAUCUGAAAGUAAUACAAAUCAAACAUUCUCGGAUCUAAGAAUAAUCAGAUUGAAAUCUGGUAAAGGUGGCGAUGGUGCUGUCUCAUUUUUAAGAGAUGCUAAUAGAACUAAAGGUCCAGCAGAUGGUGGUGAUGGUGGUGAUGGUGGAUCCAUUUAUGUUCGUGCUGUGGAGGGUAUGAAUUCAUUGGGGAAACUGAAGCAAAGUUAUGUUGCUGGACAUGGAGGUAAUGGUAAGAAAGGACAAUUGGAUGGGUCUACAGGUAGGGAUAUCGUGUUGACUGUCCCAGUGGGGACUAUUAUUAAGUGGAUUCCCGAUGUUCAAAUUUUAAAAGAUGCUGAGGAAAGAGGUGAGAAGGAUUUGGAAAUUUCUACAAAGUGUCGUGGGAAUUUUUCUGCUGAUAUUGAACCUACUUUUAUCCAGUUAUUCAGAGAAUGUUGGAAAAGAGGAGAAGGUUGGAUUUUCAAAGAUAAAGAUGAAGAAUGGCAUCAAGACAAAAGUUUCUUCAGAAAAUUGAGAAGAAGAGUUAGUAACUAUGAUUUCUUUGUCAUUAGUAAAGAAAGAAAUCAAGAUUUGUUCCCAUUGCAUGGUAUUGAUCUGAAAACUCCGUCAAAGAAGCCAGUGUUGUUAUUAAAAGGAGGUAAAGGUGGAUUGGGUAAUAUGCAUUUCUUAACAAAUGAAAUCAGAAACCCAAGAUUCAGUAAAUCUGGUAGAAGUGGGAUUGAGGAAAACUUUGUCUUUGAGUUGAAAUUGAUUGCAGAUUUAGGGUUGGUUGGUUUACCAAAUGCUGGAAAGUCAACAUUGUUAAGAGCUAUCUCAAAUGCAAGACCAAGAGUUGGCCAUUGGGAAUUCACAACUUUACAACCUACGAUCGGUACAAUCUCAUUAGGAAUGGAUAAACCAGCAUUCACAGUCGCAGAUAUUCCAGGUAUUAUCAAAGGUGCUAAAGAUAAUAAAGGUAUGGGAUUAGAUUUCUUACGCCAUGUUGAAAGAUCCGGAGGGCUAGUCUUUGUUAUCAGUCUAGAGCAUGAAAACCCUAUAAAUUCAUUAGAAAUUUUAUUAGAAGAAAUGGGCAAGAGAAUUGAAGGAAAAAAUGUUUUGAUUGUCGCAACUAAAGCUGACUUGAAGAAUUCUUUAGCUAAAUUCAAGAAGUUGAAAGCAUAUGUUGAAGAAAGAAAUUGGAAGAUUGUUCCAUGUUGUGCAGAAAAGGAGGAGAAUAUUGAACAGGUCAUCUUAAUGAUGGGUGAGUGUGCAAAGAAAUUGUGAUUUGAAAUAAGUGGCAUAAAAUGUAUAUAGAAUAGGUUAACGAAAAGUUCAUGAUUAU